AUGUACACACCACCAGCGACUCCACCACUUUCGACUUCAGCACUUCCGACUCAACGACUAUUAGCUCCGCUUCCACCAAAGCCGCCGCUCACAUACGCUCAAGUCAUUGCUUCAUCAACCAGCCACGCCGACAACACAGACGAAAUGGCUGCUUUCAACCGAAUCGACGCUCUCCUCAACGGCCUCCACUUCACGGACGCGGACGUUCUCGUACAGUUCGGCGAAGCACCUACAGAGCACGCACAUGUACACAGCAGCCUGCUCGCAGCUGAGUGCCCAAACUUCGAUGUCCUCGGCGCACCAAUAAGCUUCGAAGGCAUUCGAGUCUUCGCCGUAGCGUUCAAAUACGGCACUUGCACACUCGAGCCACUGACGACCUGGAGCGUACUCAGCACAGACGCAAUGUGCCACCGCUUUCACGACUCGAGUCUCGCACCAGAAGGCUGGUCGGAUGCUCGAGACGACAGUACUUUCAAGGGUCAAACCGCGCGCAAUCAGAAUUUGUACGCCAAGCGGCAGUAUAUUACCAUCCUGAAGAUACUGUACAAGAUCCCGGUCUCGCUCGACGACCUCGAGCCAUAUGCUUCGAGGGAUACUCCUGUCGCUCGGCUACACUCUAUUAGCACAUCAGCUAUGGAGACCUGCGCGCGCGCUGAAGCUCUUGGCUGCUUAGAAAAGGUCGCCGAUGUACUGAUUGGCCUGCUACUCGAGUCUCCUCUUCUUGGCCAGUGUGUCGCCCAAACGCCAGUGAAGUUCAUCAAGCUGGCACAGAAAGUCCGAUCGAAGAAGCUUUAUUUCAUCGCCACGCGAUAUAUUGCUCCUGACGCGAAGCUGACGAGGAACUGGUUCGAUGAAUCGACAUAUUACGAUAUCAACAAUGCAGACCUGAACACUGCAUUGACUGGUAUAUUUGGCAAAGAGUCUGCUGCGGCGAAGAAGUUGCUGGAGUCUCUGCUGGAUAUACAACUCUGCCGGCAACACAUGUCGAACCACAUCGAACCACACCUGCGGCAGUACUCUGGCCCAUGUUUCGAGUGUAUGGCUCGAACACACUUUGCAGAAUGGCUGGCAGAGAGCCUUGACCAACACUCCAGCAAUGUCUCCGCCGACCACAGCGGCCAGACAACGCUGGGUGCCCCCACUUUCGAGGCCACACUGAGGCAAGUCCUGCGGUUCGCUGCCACAGCAAUGCCCUUCCAGAUCUUCGGAGUAACGAGCAAUGCACACAAGAUGCUCGCUGGUGAACUGGGGCUUCGUGAUGAUCAGCGUGUCGAGAAAGGCGUCAAGCAUUAUCUCGACCUAUGCAUCAAGGAGGCUGCCACUGCGAUCGAGCAAGCCUUUGCGUCGUCGAAAACGGAGUUGACGGAGGUCAAUUUCCCUGCUCUUGGAGGUGCAUCUUCAAAAGCACCUCUACGAACUCAGCCACUGGCCUCCGUCGCCUCAAUUGUUGCGAAGCCCAUCGCGAAGCAGCCACCGGAUCACAACGCCGAUGCUACAUCGUCGAGCUACGCCCAUCAGCAAAGCGACACCACGGCAUCCGCUGGCGGUACUUCUGGCCCUACCACAUCCUCGCAGCCGACCACAGCACCACCGCAGCCUCCCGUCCUACCAGGUCAGCAGGCGAGAAACAUAAGCCCUGCAGCUAGCGACUUGCCACCACCUCUCCACUCCGAUCAGCGAAAGGACGAAGUCAAGUGGCGAUCUCUACAAGUAGCCCUUGCGGAGGAUUCAGACCGCACGGACUACUUGGACGAAGGACGCCUGCCGCAGAGUCUCUUGGAUGAGUUCGACGAGCCUAGCGACGAGAGGUGGAACAAUGGACCACAACAUUAUCACCGAUGUUGUGGAGCCAAGAAGGCUGCGGAUGAGGCUGUUGGUGCACAUAAGUGCAGGAAGGUCGACGUGAAGGCGUCUUAUCACUGGGGCCUCGGGGGCAAUGGAGAUGAAUCAUAUGCGGCAGGCUUUGCUGAAUUUCAGGAAGAGAUCAAGAAAUUGGGCAUGAUCAAGUACGCACGAGUGCGAGAUAUCAUUGGGCCCAAUGAGCUCUUCGUGGAACAAUCAUCAACUCUUCCUCAGCGCUUCCAUGACUAUCCACCAGAAGAAACAGAGAAGCGAGCAUUGAUGAUGAAGCAGGCCAUGCACCAGGCUCUGAGAGUUGAGUGCGGAGCCGAUGCCAGCGUAGACCGGAUCACACAAUACCAAAACCUUGCGGGUCUUGGCUCACACGAUCUCUCCGCCAUGCGAGAGAUUUUGGGUGAGCCAGUUGGUGUCUCUGGAAUAGCGCUUGGAAACGACUUCUGGAAUGUACUCUUUGGCUACCAUGGGUUUACAACGUCCUACGAAUCAGGGUUUCACAACAUCCCAAUCUUUGACGCACAUAUAGAAGUUUGCGGAGCCGAUAAGCUUGUGCGGAUGAGUUGGGACACUCCAUUCAUUCGUGGGCUUCCUGUCACUAUCACGACAAAAGAAAAUGUCAACGGCGGCUUAGUAGAGACAAAUGUCCGCAAGACAUUCGAGGACCCCUUCAUUCUCGAGCUCGAUGAGCUGUAUAUGAUGGUCACGGAGGAUAAGGCUCCUAAGACAUCUGCGGAAGAUGCUGCAAAGGACAUCGAACUUUGGCAGAUGAUCAUUCGCGCUGCCGCAAGAGAUCAUCCGAGCUGA